AUGACAAUGGCUGACGCCGCCAAGCUCGUAAUGUGUUUAGAUUAAGAAAAUUGUAGAAUUGAAAAUGGAUGUACUGUGUUUGUUUACUUUUUAAAGGACAAAUUUCACACAUAUUUUAACACACCUAUAAUAAAGAAUGCGCAUAUUAUAAAAAUAAGCUAUAUUAAAUGAUAAGUCUUUUUAUACUAGUUUAAGUGUUCGGAUAAAAAACCGGACGCCAUUUUCGAAUGCUGCGGUGACUUGAGUUUAUCUGGAAUUAUUUAUUUUGUGAUAUGUUUUUCGCCUAUAAACACAUUCCCCGUAGCUGAAUCUAUUGCAAGUUUUAAAGUCUAUUGGAAUACUAUUUUCUGUGGAUACAUAUUGCUUACUUCAUGAGUUAAUUCUUCAUCAUUUCAUGGCAAACAGUAACACCACACUAGCCAGCUUGUGGGUGGAAGAAGGUCAAGGCAGUCCAUGCACCAUAACACCAUUAACCCCCUCUAAAGGUGCAAGUAGCAGCAAUAGUAAAGAAGAUUUCCUGCAAUAUUACAAGAACAAUGGCUUAGACUCUAUGGCCAAAGAUGUGGGCAUCCUGGACUCCAAUGGUGAAAUUAAAGGUUUUAGUGGCGAGCAAGCUACACCUAAACAUAUCCAGCUAGUUGCUGUACCCAUACAUCAGUCUCCCAACAAAAUGUCUCCACACCUUCUACCCAAGCCCUCAGUAACAUCACAGAUCAUGAGUUCACCAGUCAGACCACAAGUAAUUCAAGUAGAUGCCACCUCACCGUGGUCGGCCAGGAAAAGAGCAUCUGAUUACUUAGAAGCAGACUUUGUUGAUGGUAAAAGAGGCAAAAAGGGAGAUAAGGGAGGCAAAGGUUUACGCCAUUUUUCAAUGAAAGUUUGUGAGAAGGUUCAGAUGAAAGGGGUGACGUCGUAUAACGAAGUGGCUGAUGAGUUGGUGGGAGAAUUCAGUGAGCCACAGCACCUCAUGUCACCAUCUGAUACAGUCACACCUUAUGAUCAGAAAAACAUCAGACGCAGAGUUUACGAUGCCUUAAAUGUUUUAAUGGCGAUGAACAUAAUAUCAAAAGAAAAAAAGGAGAUCAGGUGGAUAGGCCUUCCGACCAAUUCAGCACAGGAGUGUCAGCAUUUGGAGAUAGAGAAACAGAAACGGUUAGAAAGAAUCAAACAUAAAACACAACAACUUCAGGAAUUAAUACUACAGCAAAUAGCAUUUAAAAACUUGGUCCAAAGAAACAAAGACUUGGAGAAGUUUCAAGGUCCACCAGCUGCCAACUCCGCCAUCCAGCUGCCUUUUAUUAUUGUCAACACCAGCAAGAAAACUGUCAUAGACUGCAGCAUCUCCAAUGACAAGUACGAGUACCUGUUCAAGUUUGACAACACCUUUGAGAUCCAUGAUGACAUUGAGGUGCUCAAGAGGAUGGGGAUGGCUUUUGGCCUGGAGAGGGGACAGUGUACAUCUCAGGACUUAACCCGGGCUUCCAAAAUGGUUCCUAAAUCUUUGGAGCCUUAUGUUUUAGAUAUGGCAAACAACUCUACACCUUUCCAGUCUAGUGCUGUCCGGCCUAUAGACCCAAGUUCAGCCACAGCUCAGCAGGCGCGAUACCAGCAGGCUACCUCACAGUCCAACACAUUUUAUGCCCUCUCAGAUGGCCCAGACAGAGAGGUGAUGUCCACCCUGUCCAGACAAUCAAGUUCUGGCUCCUUUGACCAGAACUCUCGGGCAGCCACGGACACACCCUCUGUAUACUCGGACGAUGACGAGACAGACUCGGAUCGGUCAAGCCCGUCAGGAAUGCUAGACGUAUGAACCACAGAGAACAUUUUCAAGCUACAACUUAAAUCAUCUGUAUAUAUAAAUAAUUGUGUCUUCUAUAUGCCCUUGUACAUAUGUUGAUUAUGUAAAUACCAUUGGAUCAUUCUAUUUUUAACUUGAAAGCAAGAUUUUCAUCACUUAGAUCGAGAACUAAUGCAAUGCUGAUAGAUAAUGGUAUUGUAGGCAUUGGUUAUGGUCAGCCCACCAUGGGAGAGGGCUGUGGUCAGCCCACCUUGGUUGAGGCCUGUGGUCAGCCCACAGUGAUUGAGGGCUGUGGUCAGCCCACCAUGGUUGAGGGCUGUGGUCAGCCCACAGUGGUUGAGGGCUGUGGUCAGCCCACCAUGGUAGAGGGCUGUGGUCAGCCCACCGUGGUAGAGGAUCAUGCCAUUGAUGCAACAAAUCAUCCAGUUGCUGUGAUAGAUUGAACUGAUUGUUUCAGCCCCCUGGUAAGGCCCUCCCCCCACUAACUUACAUUUGGCCUCCAACUUUUUCAUGUGAGCAACAAAGAUUUGCACCCUUGACUCAGGACUGCCUACUUGUGCUGUUGUUCUUCCUAAUUGUAAAGGUUACACACUCAAGCUAAGGUGUAUCAUUCAUUUUUAUAAAAGACAAUAAAUCUUGGCUUUUAAACUUUGUAAAUUGUAACUCACCUAAGUUAGAUUUUUUGUCAUAGCUUUUUUUUUGGUUUCUGUCGUGGUCAGCUCAGAUACAACAGUGAGCAAUAAUAGCAUAUCAUGGCUGGCAUUUUUUUAGCAAGGUCUUUGAUUUGAUGAACACAUGCUACUGAAGAUUUGAUCAAUGACUGAUGGGGUAGCAGGCAAUGGUGAUAAUUUGCCUGGCUGUAUUAUCAAAGUGAACAAAGACACUAGUAGCCCCAGCAAGCUCUAUAGAAACAUUUUUGAGGAAAAUAAAAUGGAAGGAUUCUUUCAGCAACAUUUUCUGAACAAAAAAAAAAAGCCUACCUUAAAGGCAAGCCCUAAAGUCCUGAUUGCUCUGGAGGAUAAAUGGAUGCUCCUGUCACUGAAACAUUCUAUUUAUUGUUUGCUUAGUUUUACUGUCAAUUGAAAGUUUACUGUAAGGUUUUCUCUUUUGUGUCACUUGUAUUGUUGUAUAACUUGCUCCAAGUCUAGACAUGCUGGUAGUUAGUGCCAUUGUUUCCACUCUGGGGUUUGUCUCUGUACAUUCUCUGUACUGGCUGUCUAAUACAGGCACUUGUCAGGUUCAUUUGUUUUUAUUUGGGAUCUGCAAAUAUUAGGCAUCAAAAGUAUGGAUAGUGUAGUUUGUUAAAACAAUAUAUUUUCAUUAAAUGGUUUCUGGGGUGAUGUUUUAUAGGCAUAUACUAACCCAAUGUCAAAUCUUGUGAACUGAAUUGAACCUGAUCAGUGACUUGUGCCAGUUGACUUGUGCCAGUUGACUUAAAACUGUUACUGUUCUGUAACAAAUCCAGGGGUUGAUGCCAGCCGACAAAUCCCAUGAGUGAAAUAAGCUUUGGCUGUUGCGAUGUAUCUUUUUCAUUUAUUUAAACUUGUAUGUGGAACUUGUGCAAAAUAAAGUUUGGUGUACACAUUUAUUAGUUGUCUGUACAAAAAUAUUUUUACAUGAAAUCCUGUCCAGGAUUUGUUUACCUUAGGUGAUGACAGUUAGGACAGUGCCUUGUAUGUUGCUAGGAUGGAAUACUUUGUCUAUGAUGCUGAUGGACCUUUGAUACUUGUCUACCCUACUUUUAUGACUAGUUAUUUCAUUAUUUCAUAGUGAUUGUUACAAUUGAAUUAAACAUAUGAUGACAAUG